AUGGACGUGGUGAAGACACGAAUGCAAUUGCAGAGCGAGCUGGUGCUGCGGAAGGCCGGCCAGAGCCGGCAGAUGACCCAGGUCUAUCGAGCCCCCUACAAAAAUGCCCUCCAUGCCUUCUACAAGAUCUGCAGGGACGAGGGGGUUCGGGGAAUUCAGGCGGGACUGCUGCCGGGUAUCAUGUACCAGAUUUUGAUGAACGGGACACGUUUGUCCCUGUUCGCACCUGUGCAAAAAGUCCUUGGCGUCGAUGUCGAGAACAAGGGCAAGAUUGGUUUCUUCUUCCGGAACCUCGCUGCGGGGGCGGCGUGCGGGGCGGCGGGGGCGCUGAUCGCGUCUCCCGUGUUUUUGGUCAAGGCCCGGCUGCAAAGCCAGUCGAAGGCGCACAGCCUCAGGACGGCUGGGGGCGGGGAGUUUCGGUGGGUGCGAGGUGCCGUGAGCGCUGCUCUGCAAGGCUGUCGGUGCAGCCCAAUCUGUAAUAGGUACCGAGGGACGUGGCAUGCCUUUACGGAUAUCGUACAAAAAGAGGGGCUGCGCGGGCUGACCCGGGGCACGAGCGCGUCCGUGAUGAGGGUUAUGGUUGGGUCCGCGACCCAGCUGUCGGUGUACUCCUCCUGCAAGGCGGCCGUGCUGGGAACGGGCUUGUUCGAGGACAACGUCUACGCGUAUCUGGCCUCGAGCUCAGUGGCCGGGCUAGUUGUCACCACGACAAUGAACCCGUUGGACGUGGUUAGCACAAGGCUGUACGCUCAGGGGACCGGCGUGGCAGAGCGAUACACGGGGCCCCUGGAUUGCGCCGUCAAGACCGUCAGCGCCGAAGGGUUCAGGGGGCUGUACAAGGGCUGGACAGCGCAAUACUUUAGGUUGGGGCCACACACCAUCUACACGUUUCUGUUCUGGGAGCAGUUCAAGAAGCUGGCGGAUGAAUGGGGCUUGUGACGGCGAGCCAGCAGUGUUUGAAUAUCUCCUGUCGGCGACAGCAUCCGCGGCUUCCCCCCGAUGUCAAGGAUCCCGGCAAGACAUAAGGUUCUUCUUGGUAGGAGAAACAAGGCGUAAAAGGCUCCGCUUGACGCGGGGCAGAUAAUUGCCUCCCCCGAGCCCAACCUUCAUUGACCUUCGGGGGGCUUUGUUGCUGUCGAAGACCGAUCGCCCGCCGUCUCUUCCCCUUCCUCCUCGGCUAGAGAUCCACCCCAAUCUUUUCGUCGUAGGCCUCCGAUUUUGUUUCUCGGUGCUGGGGCUGUCGACGUAAAGCUCCUUUGUUUGUUGAGCGUCUCUGGGUGCCUGACUGUGAGUUUUUUCAGCGUAGUCGGAUGAAUGUACAUGCAGCAAGCGUCACUUUGGUGCGCGUUUGUGGCACUUUUCUCGUCUCGAAAGCUUUUUUUUGUCGCGGUAGGCCAUCAGCCUACAUCCACGCUGCGGGUGCUGAGAUCGGCGGACUACUUGUGUGAUUUCGUCGCCAACGCGAUGGCCAGGCGACUGCACUUUAGGUGUUCUAUGAGGAUUUAGCUGUCGGGGAGAGGGGGAGCACUAUGUUUGCUCCUGUUUUGGAGAUGGUGUACUGUUGUCUCUGCAACCUCUCGUCAAAAUGGAGCACGUGGGUCAAAUCAACACGGCUCCGGCGGGUGCUUUCAUGCCCGACUCUGGCGAGUGCAUCCAUUGCUGGUUGUGAUGAGGCACUUUGGUCUGGGGUUCAGGCCCGCUGAUCGAUCUCGAAGUGUUCGUCAUGCAAAAAAACGUUCUUCGAAGUAACAGGUAGGGCGCUCGGGCAGGUGGUUCGAUCCGCCGAUUUGAUGCGAACUUUUCCCAGUGCGGGUUCCGGGAUUUGUUAUUUGAUCCUCUGGUCUCCUAUUCAUCACGGGUGUUCCGCAUUGGCCGUGAUCGGAAUGCUCGACAUGGAUUUGCUUUAUUUCCAACGAGGAACAGCUUCAAGCAUCGUGAGUCAAAACAGAUCUGUUUCCAUCAUUGCCUCAAUAGUCAUGAUUGUUGCCGCGGAAGGCACAACAGCAUCUUAGGUAGAUCCACCUCCGGGUGGGUUCGAGAUGUAGACUAAGUGGCUUGUUGAUCUUCCAUAUCGACCGGUUCUCUCUGUGCCUGGUUGUUGUUGCCGCGGAGCGCGUCCAACCCGAUAUUUGAUUGUCUUGAUUCCUAAGGGAGCAGGGGGUCGUGAAGUCACCGAUGGGCUCUUGCUGGCCUGUUUCCCUGCCGACACUAGUGCAGGAGUUGCGUUUCGAUGGCCACACAAAAGUGGCCGGCCGGGACCGAAUCGCGUUUUUCCUCACCAGAGAUUUGGCCACGCUUUUUGUCGGGUUGCCUUUACAACACAGACAGCAGCAGGUGUUGGAUGCGACGGCCUACAGCUUCUUUGUGCGGCGCGUUUAUGUGACGAGAGGACGGCGUCGCAUGACCUCUGCUGAACCCUUGCGUGAGUGACGGUGCGUUCCUAGUAGCAUACCAACCCCUGACCGGU